UUCAGCGUCAUUGGCGUCAUUCCAUCUCCAUUUCUGCGUUUCUUCGUUCGCCAUUGUCGUUAUUUAUUGGACGCCGGUAUUUAAUUGUGUUUUGUAUAAUUCUUAACUACUACUGAGUAUAAAUAUGAGUCGUGGUAGAUCUGCAACUACGACUAAAGUAUUCGUCGGAAGUCUUCCUCCUGGUGUGACCCCUGAUGAUUUACGUAAAUUAUUUGAGCCCUAUGGAGCCAUCGCAGAAUGCGACAUUGCAAACAGAUGUGGAUUCUUACACUUAGAGGACCAAACUUUAGCAAUGAAAGCAAUUGAAGAAUUGAAUGGUACAGAAUUUAUGGGAGGUAAAAUCUCGGUUGAAAAAGGACGUGUUAAGCCACGACGUAGUGGAGGCGGUCCUAUGAGGGGUGGAAAAGAUCGUGGGGGACCAUAUUCCAGAGGUGGUGGAGAUUUUAGGGGUCCGCCACGUAAUGCUGGUUUUGGGGGUGGCAGAGACUAUCCUCCUUUCAGAGGAGGUGACCGCUUUGGUGGUGGUGGAUAUGAUAGGCCACCUCAAAGAGGUGGUUAUGGUGGAGGAUAUGGGGGCCCAGAUGACCGAAGAGGUGGAUUUGACGAUAGAAGAGGAGGUGGUGGUGGCUUUGGAAAUGACCGAUUUGACCGUCGUCCCCCAUAUGAUGACAGAGCGGGACCAGGCUCAUUUCCAGAUAAUCCUAGAGGAGGUUUUGAUGACAGAAGACCUCCAGGAGGUGGUUAUGAUGACAGGAGACCUCUAUUGAAUGACCGAAGGCCACUAAUGGAUUCGCAGGUACCCAGAGGUGCAGGUGGUGGCUCUUUCGAAGGUAGAGCGGGAGCACCUGAUUUAUUUAGCAGAAGAGAUCAAGGUGGACCACCUAAGGGAGGUUUUAAUGAUCGAGCUGGAAGUUACGGUGGUUCAAAUGGUUAUGGGGGUGGUCCAGCAGGUGGCGCAUAUGAUGGAGCUGCCUCUGGUGGUGGAGGAUAUGGUGGCGGAUAUGGUAGUUCUGUACCAGCUGGAGGCGGUUAUGGUGACAGAAAUUAUGGAGAUGGUAAUGGUGCCCCUGCUGCCUAUGGAAGUCCUGGAGGCUAUGGAGAUGCAUAUGGAGGAGGAGGUGGUAACCGUGGUACAUAUGAUACUGCUUAUCCUCCACUACCUCAACAGAGAGGCUUUGCGAGCGGUGGUGGCCCAGGUCCCCGUAGAGAUAUGGCUCCCGGACGCAGAUUCUAAGACGGCAGUAUUGCGCAUAUUUCAUACUCCUUAAUAAGUUCAUCGCUCUGCAUAAACCUCCCUUCGUCGUUACAUAAUUGUAACAAAAUCAUCGUGUUUUUCAUUAAGAAAUAAAAAGGAACUUAGCGUUAUAAUUUAGUGUAACAUUCAUCAUUUUAAUAACGGACAAGUUUAGAUAAUAGUUUUUAAUGUCUUCAUCAUAUUAAAUGUAAUUAAAAAUUAAUGUAUUCCUAAUUUA